GCAGUCUCAGAAGGCAUGGGAGGAGUUGUUCUUGAUUAAAGAAAGAAAAGAAAUGUCCCCCACACAAGCCACAGCCUACCGAGAGAGAGAGAGAGAGAGAGAGAGAGAGAGAGGGCAUCAUUGAUCCAUAAAAGGAGGCUUCUUUCAGCAGAACACCCAUUCUCCACCGCCCGGGAAUUCGAGGACAGGUGAUGAACGCCCUCCUUCUAGCAUCACUGCCUGCGUUGCUGCUGCUACUCCCACUGUGAGGCGAAAAGGAGCCGCCUUUGGUGCAUGGAAACCCCGGCGGAAGAGCUGCUGAAGAAGAUCAAGGAGCUGGAGGCCGGACAUGCCCGCCUGAAGCAGGAGAUGUCGAAGCUGAUGCACGUGAACGAGGGCGGCGCACGCCGAUCGAACCGCGGCCGGUCCCACUCGGUGUCGCCGCAGAGGACGGUGGCCUCGCCGCAGAGGAGGAACAGCGGAGGCUUCGAGGGCUCACGCUUCUUCCGGCACUCGUCGAGUCUGCAGCGGGAGAGCCCGGGGGCGAGCAGCUCUGCCGACGGCGCCGCUGGGAUCGGGCUCUCGGAAAGGCAGUACCUGAACAUUUUGCAGUCGAUGGGGCAAUCGGUCCAUAUAUUCGAUCUUGAUGGCAGGAUCAUUUAUUGGAACCGAUCAGCAGAAAAUCUUUAUGGUUUUGCUGCAUCAGAAGCUCUUGGUCAGAAUGCAAUCGAGCUGCUUGUUGAUGCCCGUAAUUUCAACAUUGCUGGUCGCAUAGUUCAAUGUGUAACUACGGGGGAGAGCUGGACAGGAAAGUUUCCUGUGAAGAACAAGUCUGGGGAAUGUUUCUUAGUUAUUUCCACAAACACCCCCUUUUAUGAUGAUGAUGAUGGUAGUUUGGCUGGCAUCAUUUGUGUCUCGAGUGAUUCAAGGUCCUUUCAGGACUUGCCAUCCUCUCCAACUUCUACCGAGUCACAAGCUUCUGUCGGCCACACUGCAAGUCGCCCAAGAAAAGGUUCUACAAGCAAUGGCGGUUCUAUUCCUCAACAGCCCAUCCAAAUUGCUAUUGCAUCCAAAAUUACCAACCUGGCUACUAAAGUUACAAACAAAGUUCGCUGUCGAAUAAAGCCAGGUGAAAAUAAUCUGGAACGUGAAAUUGGAAACAGAGAUAGCCAGUCUUCUGAUCAUGAUGCAAUGUCAUCAGACCAUAAGGAGGAUGGUGCUUCCAGUGGAUCUAGCACAUCUAGAGGUGAGGUGCCACCCUGUGCUUCUGGUAAGCCCUCUGCUGUAGUGGAGGAAAUAUCUCCUGGCAAAGCAACCAAAGUAAAUAAUGAUGAAGAUGAUGGAAAGACAAGCAUCUUCAAGAUCAUAAGCAAGACAGAGGCAUUAUUUGCCAAUAGGGGGAUAUUAUCGCCCUGGAAAGGGCACAACCAGGAUGGUAAUGAUGCAAAGAAUCGCUUGGUCUGGCCAUGGUUGCAUGGUGAUCAAGAAAAUGAUUACAGUUAUCCAAAGUCAUCCGAGUCUGGCACAAAAACAGAAAAUCAAGCAACUGAAAACAACCGGACAGGAAAUAAUGAAGCUUCAGGCUCCUGGUCCUCUCUUAACAUCAAUAGCACAAGUAGCAUUAGCAGCUGCGGGAGCACCAGCAGCACUGUUCACAAAGUGGAUAUAGAUACUGAUUGCUUAGACUAUGAGAUCUUAUGGGAAGAUCUCACAAUUGGAGAACAAAUAGGUCAAGGUUCUUGUGGAACUGUAUAUCAUGCUUUAUGGUAUGGCUCGGAUGUGGCAGUUAAAGUAUUCUCAAAGCAGGAAUAUUCUGAUGAGGUGAUUCUUUCAUUUAGACAAGAGGUGUCAUUGGUGAAGAGGCUACGACAUCCAAACAUACUACUUUUUAUGGGUGCAGUUACUUCUCCCUGUCGUCUUUGCAUUGUGACAGAAUUUCUUCCACGUGGGAGUUUGUUCCAUUUACUGCAAAAAAACACGGGGAGGAUGGACUGGAGACGGCGGAUUCACAUGGCUCUAGACAUUGCAAGGGGGAUAAAUUAUCUUCAUCAUAGCAGCCCUCCUAUCAUCCAUCGUGAUUUGAAAUCAUCGAAUUUGUUGGUCGAUAAGAAUUGGACAGUCAAGGUUGGUGAUUUUGGUCUUUCACGUUUGAAGCACGAAACUUAUUUGAUUACCAAAACUGGGAAAGGAACGCCACAAUGGAUGGCACCGGAAGUUCUUCGAAAUGAACCUUCAGAUGAAAAGUCGGAUGUGUAUAGCUAUGGCAUAAUACUGUGGGAACUUGUCACCGAGAAAAUCCCUUGGGAUAAUCUCAAUUCAAUGCAGGUCGUUGCAGCUGUAGGAUUCAUGAACCAAAGGUUGCAUCUCCCAAAGGAUUUGGAUCCACAGUGGGUCUCGAUAAUUGAGAGUUGUUGGCACAGUGAACCAAAAUGUCGACCAACGUUCCAAGAACUUAUAGAAAGGUUUAAAGAUUUGCAGAGACAACAUGCCAUCCAGUCUCACCUGCAGCGUGCCACACCGAGUGAAACCACACAAACCACUGCAAAAAUGAGCUCUCAGGAGAGGAAUGAUUUUGACUAGAUCAUGAUCUAUAUUUCCAUACCAACCUGAGAUGGGGAAUCAAGCUGCUUUUGUCUCUUUAGGAGUGCAUUCGCAGAAUUUAGGAAUUGGUUUUAGAUCCUCCAACAAGAAUGUAGCUUCAGCUACAUGUUAUUCUGCUUAAGCCAUGCAAGCGUUGUGAGUUCAGAAAUAUUUGCGGUGGUCAUCUGAGAUUCUUCUGUGUGAAAGAAAAUGGAUAUCGAUAAGGAGGGUGUCGGGUUUGCUAUAAUUCAGGAAAAUUUAGGGCCUUGAAUAUGUACAGUAAAUGACAGGAGGAUAGCUAAUGGGGGGGGUUAAGCCUUGAGCUACGUCUACUGAGGAGUGUUUUCCUUGUGCCACUGGCAGCAUAUAUCUAUCAGCUCUAAAUAGAGGAGAGACUGCAUUGAACCUUUUCAAGAUUUUGUACUAUGAAGAGAAAGGCUCCACUUUGUAACUGCUAUGUUCUUUUCAAAAUAAAAGAGAACAAAAUCUCUCUCUCUCU